CAUGCGCAGAUGUGGCAAAGUAAUUUGUUGAUACCCUGCUUGGUAGUAUUUAUAUAGUUGUUGCUAAUUCAAAGCAAACAUUUAUCCCCCUCGUAGGGAUUUUUUUUACCAGCACGGGCAGCACAGUGAACCAGAAACUUGUCUAUAUGACGGGCUGAUGGAAGACACAAGGGAUUUGGCUGAACGCACCCCACGUUCAGAGCGAAAGCGGAGAGACUCGUUCGGGAUGUUUGAUGGCUACGACAGCUGCAGUGAAGAGUCCACCAGCAGCUCCAGUUCAGAGGACAGCGAGGACGAGGUGGUGCCCUCCAUCCCUGUCAGCCUGCCCAUCAUCAAGAACAAUGGUCAAGUCUACACCUACCCUGAUGGCAAGGCCGGAAUGGCCACCUGUGAAAUGUGCGGGAUGGUCGGAGUGCGAGAUGCCUUUUACUCCAAAACCAAGCGCUUCUGCAGCGUGUCGUGUUCUAGGAGCUAUUCCUCCAAUUCCAAAAAAGCUAGCAUCUUGGCCAGACUACAGGGCAAACCACCAACGAAAAAGGCAAAAGUCUUACAGAAACAGCCUCUUAUGGCCAAAUUGGCAGCUUACGCCCAGUACCAGGCGAGUCAACAGAACCAGGCGAAAUCAAAAGCUGUGGUCCCCGCAGAGAGCUUUGACUGGGGUCGGUACAUCUUUAGCAAUAACACAGUCGGAGCUCCAGUCAGCUGUUUCAAGCAUGCCCCUAUGGGGACAUGCUGGGCAGAUAUAGAAGAAGGUGUUAGGAUUGAAGUGCUCAACUCUGACACCAACCUCUCCACUAAAGUAUACUGGAUAGCAGAAAUCAUUAAGUUGGCAGGGUUCAAGGCUCUCCUGCGCUAUGAAGGUUUUGACAAUGACACCAGCAAGGACUUCUGGUGUAAUAUCUGUAUCCCCGAGGUGCACCCAGUGGGGUGGUGCGCUUCCAGUGGCAAACCCCUUGUACCUCCAAAAAGCAUACAGCAUAAGUACUCUAACUGGAAAGCCUUUCUCGUAAAGCGUCUUACUGGAGCUAAAACACUGCCACCUGACUUUAAUACCAAGGUACAUGAGAACAUGCAGUUCCCCUUUAAAAAGCUGAUGCGGGUGGAGGUGGUGGAUAAGAACUACCUGUGCCGGACGCGGGUGGCGCUGGUGGAGCAGGUCAUCGGAGGUCGCCUCAGGCUGGUCUAUGAGGAGAGCCAGGACGGAUCGGACGACUUCUGGUGCCAUAUGUUCAGCCCUCUCAUCCAUAAUAUAGGCUGGUCGCGCAGCAUUGGACACCGCUUCAAAAGAUCUGAUAUUGCAAAGAAAAUGGAGGGGCAAGUUGAUGCUCCUGCUCAGUUCUUCCAGAAGGUGAAAGAUGUGGACCAGAGUGUGGACUGGUUCAGAGAUGGGAUGAAGUUAGAAGCCAUUGACCCCCUCAAUCUCUCAGCUAUAUGUGUAGCCACUGUAAGAAAGGUGUUAGCAGACGGGUACCUCAUGAUCGGGAUUGACGGUUCGGAGGCAGUGGAUGGAUCAGACUGGUUCUGUUACCACAGCACCUCCCCCUCCGUCUUUCCCGCUGGCUUCUGUGAAAUCAACAACAUUGAACUCACGCCCCCCAGAGGGUAUACUAAACUACCAUUUAAAUGGUUUGACUACCUCAGAGAAUCAGGAUCAAUAGCUGCUCCUGUCAAGCUAUUUAACAAGGAGGUUCCCAAUCAUGGUUUUCGACAAGGCAUGAAGCUGGAAGCCGUUGACCUGAUGGAGCCACGGCUGGUGUGUGUUGCCACAGUGACGAGAAUUGUGCACCGGCUACUGAGGAUCCACUUUGACGGCUGGGAGGACGAGUACGACCAGUGGGUGGACUGCGAGUCACCCGACCUCUACCCCGUGGGCUGGUGUCAGCUGACCGGCUACCAGCUCCAACCCCCUGCGUCACAGAGUAACAGAGACCUGCCUCAGUCUGUGCCCAAGCAGAAGAAAAAGGCCCAGCAGUACAAAGGCCAAAAGAAAAAGCGGAAGAUUCCCGUUGGUCGACGGCCCUUCAGUCAGGCAGGCAGGAGGAGGAGCAGCUUCUCGGGGGACGAAGAGCAGAGUCCGCCCCCUUACCCUGCCCAGGGGCCUGCUCGGCCCCGGCCCCGAACCCACCUCCACCAAACCCACAAAUCAGAGUCUCUCCUGCGCAUGAAGGAGGAGGCAGCCGAUGUGGACGAGUUCACCUUCUCACAGGGCACCUCCGACCAGGAGAGCAAUGGCUCGGGCAGCUACUACAUCAAACAGGAGCCCUGAGGGGAGGUCACAAGGGUCCGGACAGAGCAGGACAAACGGGCAUAAAGGAAAACGCCUCUGGGAAAACCUCAGCAAUGAUCAGGAACGUGGGCGAGUCAAGCCUCAAAUCACACUCGUAGACCAACGCCACAGGCCUUCUAUAGAGUCAGUACAGGUGGUGAUGGUGAUGAAGAGGGCUGGUUUCAUGCUCCUGAAAGAACAUCCCAGUCAGACAGUCUUCUAACAUAGUAGCUGUGUGUGCGCACGCAAUCACCCACACAACCUGAUUAAAGGGUUCGGAAAGCACCGGGGGGGGGGGGCAGUCGCAGAUAUUUGGGCAUUUCAUUUUCGUACCACCUUUUGGCUUUUCUUCCUCUCUGGUUCUGAAACAUCCAACCCGGACAAGAUUUCUUUGGAUGGAUUAAAAAAAAUCAACCGUUUUCCCACAGAAACGGAGGGUCAACACAAGCCCGUCCUGCCUUUGCCACAAUCUGGGCCACGCACAGAGACCUGUAGAAACUGUGAGAACCAUUUAUUGAGCCAGGUCUUUUUUUUUUUUUUGUAUAUAUACAAAUACACAUUCAAUCACACACACACACACACAUAGGACAGCACAUAUAUACAUAUAUAUAUAUAUAUAAUUUGGUUUGGUUUAGUUGGUUUCCAGGUUUAUAAGAUGCAGUUGGUGAGUCGCCCACUGAACAGCCUGAGGAGAAGAGAGAGGAAGAGAGGCUGGCACAGACAGGAGCAGAGUUGUGUAUAUUUUGGUUAUUUUUCAUAUUGCCAGGUGGACUUUUACUUCAUUGAAAGUACUUGAAGUUUUCUUCUUCUUUUUUUUUGUAAUGAGUGUCUUAAUGUACCUAUUUUGCAUUUCCAUUUUUGGUGGUUGUAUGGGAAAUGUAAUAAGCGUUGUUUCAGAGAAGUGAUUAUAUUCAAAUAGUAUGUGAAGACCUAUUAAACUAGAACUGCAGAAUAUAGAUGACGGAUUGCGUUUGGUAGGGAGAUCUCAGUACACUGCCGCUCGGCAGUACAGGUGUUGUGUCCUUCCAAUGAUGGCCAACCGACAUUUCCACAGCCGUAUUUAUUUCUGAACUCAAACAUUACAGAACCAAAGUCUGAUGCCGUGUGCACGAUAGUAUUCGUACAAGAGCUUAAACUUACAGGUUUAAUCAAAGUCGGGGUCCAGGGUCUGCAUCGAGAAUAUUGUAGAUGAAAUAUGUAUAUAUGUAACGAUGAAAAUACGUGUGACAUUUUUCCUUCCAGUCUCCAGAUGUAAUAGCGUAUUCAGCUCACACUGAGCCAUAUGCUUACAUUUGAAAAGUACAACAAAAGUGACUUUUUUUGCAUUUUGAAAUUAUUAAUGAGUAAUUAAAAUUUUUGAUGAUUAAAUUUUUUUAGUUACUCUUAUUAAAUGUAGAUCUCCAAAUUGUCACAGUUGCAAAAAUAAUCCACAUAAAAUCUUCACCGGGUACCUUUGUUUAUUUAGAGGCAGCUGUAUGGUGAAACAUUAAUAAAUGUUUUGCUCUCUA